UACAGCGAUUGAAUCCCAAACAGCAUCCUACUCCACAGAGAGUGCACUACAUGACGUGUACAAGCCCUUAUUUUAUAAUCGAUGUAGGUCAUUUGUAUAGGAAGCAUAAGGACAUUUGGAAUUCAGCCCACCGUUUACCGCUAAUGAAUGGAUACUCGGCUUCAAAAAGCAGCUCGGUCUGAAAUUUCAACCCUGCUUAAUAUCUUUAAAGUUAGUAUUUCGCGACAUGAAAAUGUUUACCUUUAUCAGCCAGGCUAAACUCGAGUUCACUCAGGAGGAAAAGAAAAAGCGGUCGAAGACUUGACCUCUCUCAGCCUUACGGUCCCUCUAGGAUUUGCACUCUUAUUCCAUUUCCUCUUCUUCUCCUCUUGCUUGGACCCUCUGUUCUUUGGACCAUGUUGUCUCUCUGGCUUCUCCUUCUCUCCUGCUUGUCUCUUCUCUCCAGAAGUUCUACAGAAGAAGGCCUGGAAUUCCCGAGCUUUGAUGGCAAGGACCGAGUGCUGAACAUCAACGAGAGGAACUACAAGAAGGCGCUGAAGAAGUAUGACAUGCUGUGCCUGCUUUACCAUGAACCGCUGCCCUCUGACAGGGAGCUCCAGCAGCAGUUCCACAUGAGGAAGAUGGUGCUGGAGCUGGCUGCCCAAAUCUUGGAAGACCGAGAUAUAGGGUUUGGAUUGGUGGAUACUCAUAAGGAUGCCAAGGUGGCCAAGAAGCUUGGGUUGGAGGAAGAGGGCAGCAUUUAUGUCUUUAAGGAUGAACGUGUGAUUGAGUUCGAUGGAGAGCUCUCUGCAGACACACUGGUUGAGUUCCUGCUAGAUCUUCUGGAGGAUGCAGUCGAGCUCAUCAGUAACCCUAUGGAGCAGCGUGCUUUUGAGAGGAUGGACGAAGACAUCCGUCUCAUUGGCUACUUCAAGGGCAAAGAUUCAGAACACUACAAAGCCUUUCAGAGGGCUGCAGAACGAUUUCAGCCCUACGUGAAGUUUUUCGCCACUUUCGACAAAGGGGUGGCCAAGCAGCUGACUCUUAAGAUGAAUGAAGUGGAUUUCUAUGAGCCGUUCAUGGACGAGCCAGUCACCAUACCAGGCAAACCCAACUCGGAGAAUGAGAUAGUGAAUUUCGUCAAUCAACACCGGAGACCAACUCUAAGGAAGCUGCGUGCAGAGGACAUGUUUGAAACCUGGGAGGAUGACAUGGACGGGAUCCACAUCGUGGCUUUUGCUGAGGAAGAGGACCCAGAUGGGUAUGAAUUCUUGGAGAUAUUGAAAGAGGUGGCCAGAGACAACACCAAGAACCCAGAUCUGAGUAUCAUGUGGAUUGACCCUGAUGACUUCCCUUUGCUGACUGCCUACUGGGAAAAGACCUUUAAAGUGGACCUGUUCAGACCUCAGAUUGGUGUGGUCAACGUGACAGAUGCAGACAGUGUGUGGUUGACGAUAACUAAUGAUGAAGCUCUGCCCACGGCUGAGGAGCUGGAGGACUGGAUCGAGGAUGUCCUCUCAGGGAAGGUCAACACAGAAGAUGAUGACCUUGAUGAAGAUGAUUUGGAUGAUGAUGAUGAUGACGACAAACGCGAUGGUGAUGAUGACAGUGAUGACGAUGACGAUGAUGACUACAAUGAUGAUGAUGAUGAUGAUGAUGAUUGAUUGGCAGAUAUGUCACUAAUGACUAAUGGACUUUGUACAUUUUAUACAUCUGUUGCAGUAUUUAUAGAAUCCAAGUAGAAUAAAACCACUUGUUGAAGGCAAUAAUAAUAAUAAUAAUAAUAAUAAUAAUAAUACAGUUCCAUUGGUGCUGAUAGGAAAUGAUUUAUGAAGUGAAAAUCAGUACAUGUGUAGACUGGUUUAUAAGAUUAAUAAGAUCAUAAACAUGUUAUGUCAGGAGUGUUUCAGUAGAACUGCACAUUUUUAUCUAUGAAACUGUUCAUUUAGGCCCAUGAUGAGCAAGAUGUAUCAGACCUACUACUUCUUCCAAAAUGCUUCAUAUAAUCAGUAAUUAAACUUGACUGUGUGAUGAA